AGUCCCAAACUGAUGUGCCAAGUGCCAGUUCAGGCCAAAGAGAUGUGCCAAGUUCCAGUAGAGUAAGCUCACCUGCUGCUCAGUCUGGAAGAGAUGUCCCAAGAGUAAGUUCAGGAGUCUCUCCUAUUGCUCAGAGAUGAUCCAAGUGUCAGUUCAGGCCAGAGAGAUGUUCCAAGUGUCAGUUCAGGCCAGAGAGAUGUUCCAAGUGUCAGUUCAGGCCAGAGAGAAGUUCCAAGUGUCAGUCUAGGCCGAAGAGAUGUUCCAAGUGUCAGUUUAGGCCAGAGAGAUGUUCCAAGUUCCAGUUCAGGCUGCAGAGAUGUUCCAGUCUGGUCGAGACGUCCCAGGUGUCACUCCAGGAAGCUCUCCAGUUGCACAAGCUGUACAGUUAGCACUAAAAUAUGGGAAACCUUUAUCUCCAAGAUUUGGUGGACGUAGAAGUGGAGCUGCCAUACCGAAUAUCCCAUCAAGAAGAAAAUUAUUACAGAUUCCAGAAGAAACAGCAUUACAGGAGCAGCCUACAGUGGUAGAGGAACAGUCUGGCAGAGAUGUCCCAGGUGUCACUUCUAGCCGAGAUGUCCCCCAUGUCAGUUCACAGCCCAGAGAUGUCCCAGGUGUCACUUCUAGCCGAGAUGUCCCCCAUGUCAGUUCACAGCCCAGAGAUGUCCCAGGUGUCACUUCUAGCCGAGAUGUCCCCCAUGUCAGCUCACAGCCCAGAGAUGUCCCAGGUGUCAGUUCUGGUCGAGACGUCCCACAUGUCAGCUCACAGCCUAGAGAUGUCCCAGGUGUCAGUUCAGGAGUCUCUCGUGUUGCACAGGAUCUGUCCAGAGAAAUCCCCCCUUCAGCAGAACCUCCCCUAAGACCCACAAUUGAACUUGAAAGAGCUCAGACAACAAGCAAGGAGCACUUUCUUCCCAAGUACUGGAAAAACGUUAUGGCUGCCAGAGAUAUGGGGUGGAUAUCUGACAGGUUGUACACGUCCACGGGUGUGAUCAGAAUUGAUCAACUAGACUGUUGGCAGCACCCACCACAGCCUCCUCUUCUGUCACCCCGAAAUUACGGUGCACCUAAUCCAGACUCAUACUUUUUUGCAAAAGAUGUUUGUUUGGUCACUGGGGCGAAUGUUCCAGAUCCCACUUAAGUGCAACCGCUGCGGCAGUAGGCUCACCAGAAAGGGCAUUUACAACAGGCUGCGAGAAGUGGUAGAUGUGGAUUGUAAAUAUUAUUUGAUGACUGAGUAUUGUGAAUGUGUACAGUGUAUCCCCCAAAUGACCACCAUGGGGUGGUCAGAUGUUAUCCUGAGCCAGUUGGAUGAAGGGCACCGAUUGAUUUUUCCAGCUAUUUUGACCCAGAAGCUGGCCAUUGACAAAAAGGUUGUCAAACUUCUGAGAUCACGGACUCUGGGAAACAGUUCUAAUCAACUACAGAACACCCUUCAAGAGCUCCACUCUGAAGAAUGGAUGAGGAAGGCCAUCAUGUACCUUAGUGACUGCAAGCAGCACAUUAGUUUGGCCACAACAGGGAUCUUGCAGUAUGCUAGGCCAGCUGCUUAUGGUCCUCUUCCACCACCCCCUCAGAUGCAUGAU